AUGGUCGAAUUGUCAUGGAGCGCAGCCACGGUUCCGGAUUCACGACCCACGAGGAUGAAGGCAUUGGCGCCGCCGAUUACGUCGGAAGCUGUAACGCCUGAUUUUACUUUCGUGCCGUGCGCCUCGACGGCCUCCCUAUUCCUGUAUGCUGAAGGCUCAGCCAUUGUAUGCCUCCAUCACGAUACUUUGGCCGUCGAGCGACGCUUCGAAAGCCAUACCGACGAUAUUGGAUUUAUAUCGGUAGACAAUGUCAGUGAGCGCGGCGCAGGGAGACUGGUCGUGAGCUAUGAUGUUAGUCAGGCGGCAAUUGUCUGGGAUUUAUUUACGGGGUCAGUGAUCGCAAGGUUCGCAUCCUUCGAGGAGCUCAAAGUGGCCGCUUGGAUGCGCAAUGGCAACGUGGCGUUUGGAAGUGUAAAGGGAGACGUGAUCUUGUUUGAACCAUCGACAUCGGAGCAUAUCUCUUGUCGGACCAUCUUCGACCCUAUCACGGCUUUGGCGCCGUCAUCAGAUUGUCGAACUUACGCCAUUGGCUACCAGAAUGGAUCAAUUCUAAUAACCACUCUUCACCCGACGUUUACCAUAUUGCAUACAAUGAGCACCUCCCGCGGGCCAUCCCGGAUUGUCUCACUGGCAUGGCAUGCAUCAUCGUCAAAGCAAAAGUCGGACAUGCUUGCUACCCUCUCCGCAAAUGGUGAUCUGAGGGUGUGGAGUGUGGCUAAGCCAGCUGGUAAAGAUGCGCCACGGGUAAUCAGGGUUCUGAAGAGGUCAGAUACGUCUUCAUCCUCUGAGCCUAAGUGGAUGGCCUGGUCGAAGAAUGGAAGAAUCGUUCAGUAUCUCGAUGGGGAGACAUGGGCCUGGGAUGUCCGCACUAAACACGUCACUUCGGAGCCAGUUCCGACGAUUGAUAAUCCUCGUGGGUUCGCCAAUUACGGGCCAACAGCCACAUUGUUUACACUAGGGCCUCACCACACUGUGCAGCAGUAUGAUCUUGAGAAUCCGGGAUUAGUCGCUAAUGUACAACAUCUUCCGGGCGGAGCCUUACCAACAUCAGAGGAAACUAGAGCCCGGGGUGCGUCAGCACGCAUGUUACAGGACCCACCGGAGAUGAAGGAAUCUGGCGCCAUGUACGGCACAAGACGAGUUCCGUUUGAUCCGAGUGGAAUCGAGGCUGUACGUCAACAGCGUGCCGAGCUAACUAGCCCAGUCUCCUCUCGAAGUCACGCAGACACCGUGAGUUCAAAGGCAUCCUCGGGGAAGUACCGGAUGGCCCCAUUUUCAUCCCCAAGUAGAUCGGGUCACACCGCUACAUCUUUUUCGCUCACCUCCGCUAGUGGUAGAGACACCCCUCAGGCAUCUGGCGCAUCUUAUGCCUAUGCUUCUUCCGUAUCCAUGUCAUCUAUGAAAAGCUCCCGUGCCGGCUCUCGUUUGCGAAACGAGGUCCAUCCCAGCCCAGCCGAUAAGCCCAUGGAUCUGUUUCCUUUCACACGUGAACGACUCAACGAUGUGCCAUACAGCUGUCAACAACCCCUGGAUGAGUCGCAUCUGACGCCAGACGAUCUCCGUCGUCAAAUGCUGAGCGUGGUCUUUGGUUGGGAAGAUGAUAUUGAUGGAUUAAUUAACGACGAGCUUAGCCGCCACACACCGGGUACUCCAAGCGCUAUUCUACUCGCCCAGUGGCUAGGGGAAUCCGACACGGACGAAAUGGUGUCUAUGCUUAGCGCAGGCCCAGCCUCGACAGCAGAUUGGAUGCUUCUUGCUUUCAGCCAGAUGAGUGGUGAAUCACAAGCCAACAAGGUCGGACAGGCAUUCGCUCAGAAGCUUCUCGAAGUUAGUGACGUGCACACUGCGGCUACAAUUCUGCUGGGGCUUGGCGAUAAGAACGAUGCUAUUGAAGUUUACGUCUCCCAGAGCUACUAUAUGGAAGCUAUCCUGAUGGCGUGCCUGGUAACCCCCACAGAUUGGCAACGUCAAUCAUAUCUCGUUCGCCGCUGGGGGGAGCAUGUCGUCUCACACUCCCAACAGCAGCUAGCAAUACGCUGCUUUAUGUGUACAGGGGUGGAGCCUUCGGGGCCUUGGACCUCUCCGGCCGCACAGCAGGCUGCCUCCUUUGCCGAGAUGAUGUCGGGGAAAUCGCCCGUCACCUCUCCGGAACCUCCAUAUGCCAAUCCGGCAAGUCUUCUACCACCAAGCUCUCAGACAAAGCCUUCCAAUAUCCGACAGGCUAAGAUUCCAGCCCUCAAGCUCAUCACAUCGUUUGACUCGCAACCAAACCAGAGGUUUCGAUUCCCCGGUUUAAAGUCAGAUGAUAGGACACCUACGAAUGCGCCUGGAGUUACGCCCAUUGCUGAAUCUGCUGUAGCCGACUCAGCGUUGUCACCUGGAGGCUUUGGGUCAUACAAAUUGAAUAACAUCCAGAGUCUCAACAAUGCUAUGAGCUCCCGAACAAAUUCUCCCGCCUUUAGCAGAGGGCGCUUGCCUUCCAUCGGGGAAACACCCGUCGACGUGCAACCACCGACCUUUCCAUCCAGCGUUUCCAAGAAGCUCGUUGAUUAUGGCUCAACCUCGGAAAACGAUGACCAAGAGGAUCAGCCUGGUGAUGAGAAAGAAGAUCAGAUUGGCUUACUGCCUUCUGCUACGUACGAUCCAGAUGACGCGUUCAAACCAAGUCCGCAAACUGCAGUACAAGCAAGUUCAGACAAGUUUGCAGGAAUCAAGGGAAUGCCGUCUCCAGCAGUCGGGCUUUUUGAUGCUCUGAAAGUGCGAUCUGACAGUCGCAAUGGGUCUAGAGAUAGGAAGCCCGAUGGACUGCAGCUUCAUUUGCACCCUGCUGUAUACUCUGGUACUGAUGCAGCUGAGCAAUGGGAUAAUGGAGAUUUUAGAAGCCCAGCAUCAACAUUUAAUAGUUUCAGCUCUGCGAAGAGCCCAAGUGUUAGUGGGCGGAGUAUUGAGCAAUACAUUAGCAGCCUUGAAGAGGCGAACUAUCACUCAAAGAAACAUCACAAAUAUCUCUCCAAUGGCGUGGGACGGCGAACUACAGAUGAAACGGCCAGCCAGACAUCAGAAAAACGACACCACCCUAGGAACACGUCCCAGCACGCACGAGGGAGACACGAGAAGAGGUAUAUCCCGCCCGCCAAGCGGUCUCCUUCCUCACCCGUCCCGAUGUCCCACGAAGAGAUAGCCCGCCACCAUGCCGCUCAGGAGAACGACGAUACUCGUCGGACGAAACAGCGUUCAAAGACACGUAGUGCAAGCAGGGCUAGGAAACCACGUUCUCGGAACUCUUCCGAACGUCGGAACAAUCGUUCAUCUAGUCGUCAUACAGCUAAUCGAGUCGGCACCGAGAAACAUGACCGUGGUCGCAGUGCUGACAGAAAGGGCUCCUACGAUAGAUCGCCUUCGCCUCCAUUACCCACGUCUACUACCGACGAUGCUUUUAGGCUAGUGGCUAGUGAUAGAGAACGAAGGUCUCAGCAGCGAAGUAGCAGCCGACUUCCGGAGAAAGGGAAAGUAGAGCUAAGGGCGAGAUCCCGGAGUCGCCAUGAACCUGAGUUCAAGAUGGGGACGGAACACGAACAGUAUGACAUGGGUACAAAUACCCGAGGUCUUGUCGUCGAGAUAGGACCUCAAAGCGACCAGGAUAUGUCGACUGAGGAGAGCCGGGCCAUUCACUCCGCCACUGUACCUCCCGCUGUACCCCACAUUGGGCUAUCCGAACACAGAAGGAAGGAGCUAGCAGCGGCAGAACUGGAGGCAAGACGACUCUCACUCGCACGGAACCCAUCCGCGCCCAACAUACCCUUUCCGGGAGAAUUGCAACAUUGUCGCAACAUCCCAGAAAGCCCACCAUUUUCUGUGAAUUCUUUUGGCCCGCGCACACCUGGUCGGCGGAGAGUUUCAUCGAGCAAAGCAUCUCCAGAAUACCGAAGUAGCUCGGACUCUAACUCAUCGCAGUCCGGGCCAUUUGGGCUUGCCACAACACCCAAGGCUAUGCGACACCCCAAGUAUAACCAGGAGACUGCUCCGUCUGUUCCAAACAUUCCAGAUAGCACUGUUCUGCUGAGUGAUGCCAGGUAUCAGGCAGACGCGGAGAGAAUCGGUCGCUCGAUGUCUGUUCCAGUGCCCGAAAUAAAACAACCCGGGACAGUACCAUCCGACCUACCAAUGCAUCCGCGAUUUAAUCCACGUCUCCCGAGAAGCCGUUCGACCAGCAGAACCCGGAACAUGGGUCAUCGCCGGGAGAGCUCGAGAGAGCAAGGCGGGUACAGCUAUGGAGGCUCUCCAGUGGAUAUCAGCAUCGAGGAGGGAAUCGAGAACGCGAUGGAGCUGAAACAUUACGAAACUCCUCCUAUGUUACCCGAGCUGCAGCACUUGAACGCUCUCCCACCUCCUCCACCUCCUGCCCCUGUGAUGGAUUGUGCGUCCCCACGCGAGUCUUCAGGAACCAUAGACAUUGCUAUCGACAAUGAGAACAUGGGAAAGCUGCUGCCCCGCGCUAUGACAGCCGGACCUGCGGUGUGCAUGGAAACGCAGCCGACUUUAGAUCGCCGCCGAUUGUCCUUUGAGCACAGGCGUGGCAAAAGCGUGAACGAAAGCUUCUCCAGUAAGAUACGCAACCUGGCUCGUAUGGGCAGCGUUAGUCGGGCACCUGACAGUUGGGUUGAAACGCAUUUUCCGUAUGAAAGUAUACCGGUCGCCGACAAUCGCAUUUAG